AUGACAGUCUAUUCCUUAUCACUUCCUUCCGCAGAGCCCACGACGCCACCAGCUGCCGGCUCCAGCCGUCACGGAUCUCCUUUCGCCAGCCCGCUGGAAUGUCGUCCGAAAUUAAAGCGAAAAGCCGGCAGCCGUCCGCUAAUUUUUCCCAAACGACAACAAGCGGAACACUCACAGUUCCUACCGGAUGCUUUCAGAAAUGCUUCUUAUGCGGGUUCCGGCGAUCCUCCAUCUUCUUCUUCAACAAUGUCAUUAGAGGGCCUGGUCCGUGAACAUAGAGAACGACUGUACGUUCGCCCUUUACAAUGGACAAUGCAGCAUCUUCUUAUACUUCACUGCCAGUUCGUGGACCAUACUCGGAUGCCCGAUGAAGUUUCUGGACGACCUGAAGCGAAUGGUCCGGGAAACACUCGGCAAACCCGCCAAUUAAAACUCUUGCCAACCGCCAAAACCGCUCUGAACCAGUUGCAGACAAAAUUCCAUGAUCCCACAGCGAGGUUAUGGGCUGUUGAGGUUUUCCUUACUGUAUACAAACUCAUCAGUCCAAGGCCACCGAGUAGCUCAAUCUUCGAAUCCCUUCAACUUCGUUAUGGAAAGCACCUAGAAAUCCUUAAAGUGGGUCGUGUUUACUCACAACCAUCCAUGGUUAUGGCUUACAUAGAUCUGGACGAUGUUGAAUCACUACGACGAGCCACAGUUUACACCAAAUGGUAUCGAAAGCUUUUCAGGCGAUGGCCUGAUAACGAGCCUACGCACCUGAGCCGCCGUCGAGCCCGAAGCCGCCGCAGGGCACAAGACGAGCCUCUACAAAUGUAG